AUGGAUAAUGCGUCAUAUCACAACGUAGUGGAAGAAGAGGACAACAUUCCAACAAGUGCAAGCAGGAAAGAGGAAAUGACAGAUUGGCUCAACCAAGAGAGGAUACCAUUUGCACCGUCUCAGCUUAAACCUGAGCUUCUCUUGCUCGUUGAAGAACGUAGAAAAGCCAAACGAUUUCAAGUUGAUCAAAUUGUGGAACAGCACGGACACAUUUGUCUACGGUGGCCACCCUACCACACCCAUCUAAAUACAAUUGAACUCGUCUGGGCGAAGAUCAAAGGCACGGUUGCAUCUCAAAAAACAAACUUUAAACUGAAAGAUGUCAAACAGCUAUCAGAAAAUGUGAUAUCUCGAGUGGACAAAGUUUAUUGGCGGCAGUGGGAAACGCAUGGAAAACGUAUGAAGGACGAGUAUUGGGAGAAGGAAGGACUUGAGUUCAUCCAACCAAGAGUAGUCAUCAACCCAUGUGAAGACUCGUCUGACUCGCUCACAGAACAAAGGUAG